ACAAAACAACAUUUCUCUAUUUUAGUGGUUAUUUUGAAUCACUGCUGUCUUUUUUAUUUGUUACUAGCAUUUGUUGUUGUUAUUUUGGAUAAAUUUUUCAUCAGACUCAUUUUAUUAUAUAUUUAUUUUACUGUUAAUAUAUCAAAAUGGCUUCUACAUUGAAGGGCAAAGCUGCCAAGACCAAAGUGAAGGAUAAGACACCCGCUGAAAUACAAAUCACUGCUGAACAGUUGAUUAGAGAAGCCAAGGAAAGAGACUUGGAGAUAUUACCACCGCCACCAAAACAAAAGAUAUCUGAUCCUGAAGAAUUAGCUGAGUAUCAAUUGCGAAAAAGGAAAGCAUUUGAAGAUAAUAUAAGAAAGAAUCGACUUUCCAUAGCUAAUUGGAUUAAGUAUGCUGAAUGGGAACACAGUCAACAAGAGAUCCAGCGAGCUCGCUCUGUUUACGAGAGAGCCUUGGAUGUGGAUCCACGAUGCAUUACCUUGUGGCUUCGUUAUGCUGAAAUGGAAAUGAAAAAUCGCCAAGUGAACCAUGCAAGGAAUGUUUUUGACCGAGCUGUACGAUUAUUGCCUAGAUGUAACCAAUUUUGGUACAAAUAUACUUACAUGGAAGAAAUGUUGGGUAACGUUCCAGGUUGUCGAUUAGUUUUUGAAAGAUGGAUGGCUUGGAAACCGGAAGAACAAGCCUGGUUAACUUACAUUAAUUUUGAAGUUAGGUACAAAGAAUUAGAUUUAGCUCGAACUAUUUACACACGAUUCAUAACAGUUCAUCCCGAGAUAAAGAACUGGAUCAGAUUUGCAAAGUUCGAGGAGCGUAACGGUUUUGUCAGCAAUGCUCGUGAAAUUUAUGAAAAAGCAGUGGAAUAUUUUGGUGAUGAAAACAUGGAUGAAACUUUGCUUCUAGCUUUUGCUAAGUUUGAAGAACGCCAAAAGGAACACGAAAGAGUCAAAGCUAUCUACAGAUUUGCCUUAGAAAAGCUUCCCCGAGAAGAAUCUCAAGAACUAUUCAAACAAUAUACUAUCUACGAGAAGAAAUAUGGUGACCGAGAAGGAAUAGAAGAUGUUAUAAUGAAUAAACGCAAAUUUAAAUAUGAACAAGACUUGCAAGAAAAUUCACACAACUAUGAUACUUGGUUUGAUUAUAUCCGACUUGUUGAAGGAGAAGGAGAUAUUGAAGCCAUUAGAAGGAUAUAUGAAAGAGCUGUGGCCAACAUUCCACUUAAACGAGAGAAACGUUUCUGGCGACGGUACAUUUAUCUGUGGAUUUAUUAUGCUAUCUUCGAAGAGUUAACUGCUGAAGAUUUGGAACGAGCUCAUGAAGUUUAUCAAUUUUGUUUACGUCUAAUACCUCAUAAAUCUUUUACCUUUGCCAAAUUUUGGGUUAUGGCUGCUAAGUUUGAAAUAAGGCGCAAAAAUCUUCAAGCAGCUCGUAAAAUAUUGGGGACAUCUAUUGGUCUAUGUCCAAAAGAUAAACUUUUCCGCGAAUAUGUUGAAAUAGAAUUACAACUAAGAGAAUUUGAUCGUUGUCGAACAUUAUACCAAAAAUUACUCGAAUUCUGUCCAGAAAACUGUUCCUCAUGGUUAAGAUUUGCUGAACUGGAAACUGCACUCGGUGAAUACGAAAGAGCUCGAAAAAUCUACGAGAUUGCAAUUUCUCAAGAUAGAUUGGAUAUGCCAGAAGUAAUUUGGAAGUCUUACAUUGAUUUCGAAGUUGAUCAAGAAGAAUUUGAAAAUGCUCGAAAUUUAUAUGAAAGAUUAUUGGAAAGAACUAAACACGUCAAAGUUUGGAUCAGUUUUGCAAAAUUCGAGCUUUUAGCUUCAAGUGAUGAGACAAUAAGUGACAGUAACAUUGCUCAAGCAAGAACCGUCUUUGAAAGAGCCAAUAAAGCGUUAACCGAUAACGAGGAAAAAGAAGCUCGUCUCAUGCUUCUCGAAGCAUGGCAAGAAUUCGAAGCAGAACACGGUGAUGAAAGAACUAAACAACAAGUCGAAUCAUUGAUGCCAAAGAAGGUUAAAAAGAGACGAAAGAUCACAAAUGACGAUGGAUCAGAUGGCGGUUGGGAGGAAUAUGUGGAUUAUAUUUUCCCAGACGAUGAUAGUGUUAAACCUCAUAUGAGACUACUGGAGCUAGCCAAGAAAUGGAAGAAACAAAUUACUGAAGCUCCAACUACGACGAAUGAAUCAACAGAUGAGAAUAAAGAUAGCAGUAAUAGUAGUAAACAUAGUGAUGAAGAACAGAGUGAAGAUUCAGUCAUAAUGCCUGAUAAAAUUGAAAUCCCUUUACGGGAUAGUAUUGAUGAAGUUAUCGAGUUAAACAUUGAAAAUUUACCUGAAGGCUCGGAAGUGCUUGAAAUUUUACGACAAGAACAACCUAUUCUCAAUGUUUGGAUCUCUUUGGCGGUUGAAUACUACAAGCAAGGUAAACAUGAAGAUUUCGUGCAUAUUUUGGAUGUCUGUGUUGAAAGAAUCUUGGUAUUCUUGGAGCAAAAGAAUACCAAUCUACCAAGAGAGCAUUGUCUUGAUUAUCCCGAAUAUGAAAAGGAUAUGAUGCGUGCUUUAGAUACUUUAGCUGCUUACUACAUCAAGCUUGGAAAUCGAGAAAAGAAUCGAGAUAAAAAGAAGGAUUUUUUUAACAAAGCUCAUCAUCUUUUCACUAUUGGUGACAAGAUAAUUAUGUAUGAUCAAAACCAUCUGCUUGGUAAAACAUACCUGUGUUUUCUCGAAGGUGACAAAAUGGAUCAAGCUGAUGCACAGUUUAACUUUGUUAUGGGACAAGCUCAGAACAAUAUGGCAGCUUUGCUAGGUAAAGCAUGCAUUGCAUUUAACAAGAAAAAUUAUGCCGGAGCCUUAGCUCAGUACAAAAGAGCCUUACGUAGUAAUCCUAAUUGCCCAGCUGACGUUCGACUAGGACUUGGUCACUGUUUUUACAAGCUUGGAAAACCUGAAAAGGCUCGCCUUUCAUUUGAAAGAGCCUUGCAACUGGAUCCACAAUGUGUUGGUGCUCUAGUAGGACUUGCUUUGCUAGAAUUGAACGAUAAAACACCAGAAUCUAUUAGGAAAGGAGUACAGAUGCUUUCCAAAGCUUAUACAAUUGAUCCUACUGACCCCAUGGUUCUUAAUCAUCUUGCCAAUCAUUUUUUCUUCAAAAAAGACUAUAGCAAAGUUCAGCAUCUUGCCCUUCAUGCUUUUCACAACACUGAAAAUGAGGCUAUGAGAGCUGAAAGCUGUUAUCAACUUGCAAGAGCAUUCCAUAUCCAAGGAGAUUACGAUCAAGCUUUCCAAUAUUACUACCAAGCAACACAAUUCGCCUCUCCACAGUUUGUUUUACCUCAAUUUGGUUUAGGCCAAAUGUACAUUCAUCGUAAAGAUACUGAAAACGCUUCUCAGUGCUUUGAAAAAGUUUUAAAAGCUCAUCCUGAUAACUAUGAAACUAUGAAAAUUCUAGGUUCUCUAUAUGCCCAAUCAAAUAAUCAAAAUAAACGAGAUCAGGCAAAAACUUAUUUAAAAAAGGUCACUGAUCAAUGUCCCGACGAUGUUGAAGCCUGGAUAGAAUUGGCACAAAUUUUGGAACAGUCUGAUCUACAGGGAGCCUUAUCAGCUUAUGGAACUGCAAUUAAAAUUCUCAAAGAAAAAGUGCAAGUUGACAUACCAUCAGAAAUUUACAAUAAUAUUGCCGCUUUACAUUUUCGUUUGGGUCAUUUGGAAGAUGCAAUGAAAAAUUAUGAAGCUGCAUUAGAACGAUGUAAACAAGAAGAAUCUAACGAUGAACAUUAUUAUGGUUGCAUAUCUGUCACGAUUAACUAUAACUUGGCCAGAUUGUAUGAGGCAAUGCAUUUCUAUGAUAAAGCAGAAAAAAUUUACAAAGAUAUUUUGCGUGAACAUCCAAACUAUAUCGAUUGUUACCUUCGUUUAGGAUGUAUGGCAAGAGAUCGUGGCCAGAUUUACGAUGCUUCUGAUUGGUUCAAAGAAGCUCUUCAGGUUGACCAAGAUAACCCUGAAGCUUGGUCACAUAUUGGUAUUCUUCAUUUUGCUAAACAAGAAUGGGGUCCAGGACAGAAAAAAUUCGAGCGUAUUUUAAAGAAAGAGUCAACAGCUCAAGACACUUAUUCACAUUUAGCUCUAGCCAAUGUUUGGCUUCAAACUCUUCAUCAACCAAACAAAGAUAAAGAGAAAGUUAAAAGACAUCAACAAAGAGCAUUAUCACAUUAUAAACAAAUCCUCCAUAUGGACAACAACAAUAUUUAUGCAGCUAACGGAAUCGGUGCUGUUCUUGCACAUAAAGGAUACAUUUCUGAGUCUCGAGAUGUUUUCGCUCAAGUGCGAGAAGCAACAGCUGAAUUUCCCGAUGUGUGGGUAAAUAUUGCUCACAUAUAUGUUGAACAGAAACAAUAUGUUGCUGCAAUUCAAAUGUACGAAAAUUGUUUGAAAAAAUUCUAUCGACAUGAUAACACAGAAAUUCUUCAGUAUUUGGCUCGAGCUUAUUUUAAAUGUGGUAAAUUGCGAGAAUGUAAAAAUGUACUCUUAAAAUGCCGUCGAGUUGCACCUCAAGACACUGUAAUUCUGUACAAUCUUGCCCUAGUUCUUCAAAAGCUGGCCACUCAUGUUCUUGAAGAUAGUAAAAGCAAUGUUCAAGUUGUUCUUAAAGCUGUCCAUGAACUUGGUUUAGCUCAUAAAUAUUUCCAAUACCUGUCAGUCAGUGGUGAUAAGAUGAAGUUUGACUUAAAUGCUGCUUCGAUGGAAGCUAAACACUGUCAAGAUUUACUGAGUCAAGCACAAUACCAUGUUGCAAGAGCUCGAAGAUUGGACGAAGAAGAAAAAGAAAUCAGAAGAAAACAAGAAUUGGAACGAGAAGCUCUUCGUCAAAAGAUGGAGGAUGAACUGAAACGGGCAGAAGAAGAAAAGAUAAAACAAGAAAAGGAACUGAUUCAAAAGAGACAACAAUUUGUUGAGCAAACCAAAAACAAAUUACAAUUCCAAGAUCUACCAGACGAAAAACCCUCUAAAAAAGGUAAAUCAAGAAAGGCUGGUGCUGAUGACGAUUUUGUUACAGAUGGAGACGGAUCUGGAGAUGAAAAUGUUCGCCCUCGUAAGAAGGCUAAAGUUGGUUCUGGUGAUGAAGGAGAAAAGAAACGUAUCAAGAAAAAGAGGCGACCUAAGGUUGAAAAAGGAUCAGGCGAUGAAUCUGAUGCUGGAACAGCUGACCGAAAAGAAGAAAGGAAACGACGUCGAAAACAUAAGGAUAAACGAUCUUCAAAGAAAAAGUCAUCUGAAUCUUCCAAAAAACAACCAAAAGCGGUAGAAAUCGCAGCAAAAUCAAAAGGACGAGUUGUUUCUCGAGAAUUCGUCUCAGAUUCUGACUCAAGCUCUGAUGAUGAACAACGAGAGCAACCUUUAGUUAUCGCCCAAGAAUCUGACGCUGAAGCUAGUCCUAAAAUUUCUUCUGAAGAAUCACCAUCAGGUUCAGGAUCAGGAUCAGCGUCAGGAUCAGACUCAGAUUCAUUAAUUGCUAAAAAGAAAGCUAAAAAAGUCAAAGUAAGCAAAAAGAAACAACGCAAAUCGAAAGUUAUUGAUUCUGAAGAGGAGGAUUCAGAUGCUAAGUCAGAUGAAAGUCCAAAGAAAGAAAAGAAGGGAAAAGCUAAAAAGUUUGCUCUUAAAAAAUUUGUUGCUUCAGACUCUGAAGAAAAUGAUCAACAAGAAAAAGAAGAGAAGGAUGACGAAGAAGAUGAAGAAAAUGAAAAAGAAGACAAAGAGGAAAGUGAAAAUGAAAGAAGCGACAACGAAAAAAGUGAUAACGAAAGAAGCGACAAUCAUAGCGAAAAUCAGAGUGAUGCCCAAAGUGAUAACCAAAGUGAUAGUGAAAAAAGUGAAGCUGAACGUGAAGCCGAUAAAGAUAGUGAACAAGAGCAAGAUCAAGAGGAAAGAGAUGAUCAAAAUGAUGCUGAAGAAGAAGAACCUGAGCAACAAAAAGAUGACGAUUCAUCCGAGUCUGAAGGGUCACCAAUGCCUGUCAAAAAAGAAGAAGCCUCUGAUUCUGAGGUUGAAAGAAGUCCAGCUCGAUCUGACAAUAGUCAAGAUGACGAAGACAGUCAACAGAGUCAACAAAGCCAACAAAGUCAGCAAAGCCAACGGAGCCAACAGAGUCAACAAAGUCCACAAAGCCAACAAAGUAGUGGAGAUGAAUCAUAACUCAACAUCAAUAUCUAAAAUGACCUCUCACAAUAUCCACUGACCAUCAAACAAUCUUAUGAAAAUUAACAAAAUUUAAUGGAAUUUGUAAAUAAUUAAAUUCAUCUAUAUUUCCAUAAA